CAGACGCACUCUAUAACUCACAAAAUGUACGUGAACAUUGUUUGCGUACUUCUUCUUUUCGCUCCCUUUGGCGUGAAGGCUUUAAAGGUUUGCGACAAUCUUUGGUUGUAUGACCAUCCAAAUACCGAGCACUGCCAUAACUAUUACCAAGCGAACCUUACUACAGAGCAAAUUAUUACAACGUGGGGCUUCUUCUCAGUCACUCACCUAGUAAUUACUGAAGAUGGGUACGCUUUGAAACUUAUACAAGCUUGGGAUCUAAACGGCCAAAGGGCGGGUAAGAAGAUGUUGCCCGAUCCAGUUGUAGUUGGUCAUGGUCAUAUGCAGGACUCGAACUCUAUGGUUUUUCAGGGAGAUAUGUCUAUAGUCCAACAACUAAUUAAGCAGGGGUACUAUGUAUGGCUAGUGAAUUUCCGAGGAAACUCGUAUAGCGCUGCGCACAUGACAAUCAGAGACAAAACCAAGUUCUAUGACUUCUCAUUCGAUGAAAUGGGUAUGUACGACAUGCCAGCCGUUCUCAAAACAGUCAAACGGCUCACAAAAACCAGCGGCACACCUGUAUUUCUUGGUUAUGGUAUGUCCAACGCGGCUGCUUUCAUAUAUGCCAUAACAAAACCACAAGAAGCUCAAAAGUACCUUAAGGGUAUCGUAGCGUGGGCACCCUUGAUUUACGUCAGCAAUAUGAAGUCACUGGUUUGGUUUGCGUUGCAAUUUGUUCCUUAUUUUGAGUCCCUCUGGAAGGAGACGUUUCAUGGGGAGGUUAAAGUAAGUUACGACAUGGUACAAAAAUUCUGCACACAGUAUACAUUCCAACUCUUCAUUUGCAAUUUCUUCAGGAUGUUCAUUGGUGGAGACAAUAUUCAGCAGAUAAAUCCGGAACUCCUUCCUCUAGGUCUUCUUAGUCAUGCAGAAAGAAGCUCUUAUAAGACGUUAGUACAUUACGCUCAACUGGUCCAAACUGGAAAGUUCCAGGCAAUGGACUUAGGCAGUAAAAAAAAUAAUAUCACGUAUGGACAGACAACUCCUAUGCAGUACAACAUAUCGGCAAUUAAUGUCCCUGUGGCUAUAUAUUAUGGGCCAAAUGACUGGUUGACAGAUUCAGUGGAUGUGCAACAAAUAUACAGUGAGCUCAACCCUAAAGUUAGAUGCGGUCUGUACAGAAUAAACUACGACAAAUUCUCACAUACUGACUUCCAAGAAGCUAAAGUUGCAGAUCCUCUGCUGUACAAGCCUACUUUGGAUAAGAUAGCUCAAAUAUGUACCAAUAAGUGUUAGUAAUUAUUAGAAUCUUCCAAAGAUGAAUGACUGACCAUCAGUCAACUAUAUGCGAUAUGUUGGUAUCUGAUUGUCAUUGGUGGAAAGGAAAAUUAGGACUCGCCCACAACAUAUGUCGAGAGUCUCGUAUUCAUUAUAUAUCCCUUAAACAGAGGGUGUUGCGAAAAAUAAAGGGCAACAUUUGCUGUUAGUUGUUUUAUUUCA